ACGAAAUGGAUACAACCAAAUGGAAAGUAGAUCAUGGGGCACCUCUGUUUAGCAGCUACACAUUGAUGAUGAUAGAGGAGAUAUUUCUGAGCGGUAGCGUACCAAUGCGAAGAGAUGUUCAAACGAGAGUUCUGUCACUGGGUCUUGGAGCCGGCUACGUCAAUUCUUACUUGCACCAUCAUUUUCCAAAGAUGAACAUCACUGUCGUCGAACUAGACCCUCAAAUAGCAAUGAUCUCAAAAAAGUGGUUUAAUUUAAAGCUAGACCAGAGACAACACUUGAUUAUAGAAGAUGCCAUGAAUUACAUCAAGAAAGCUAGCUCAAACGGAGAGAAAUUCGAUAUCAUACUUUUGGAUGCUUGCACUACAGUGGGCAAAGCGCAAUGUCCUUUACAGGAAGCAAUAAACAGGGAAAGCGCAAAGAUAUUCUCUUUGCUUCUAAAUGAAAACGGAGCUCUCAUCGCAAACAUCAUCGUCAUGCCAGGAAACAGCUUCGAGUUUGGCAACAAUAUCUUUGCGCUGGUUUUCUUCGCAGUAAAUCAAGGUAUAACGAGGCAAUUGGAGGAGGAAGAAGAAAGCAAAGGAUUGGUCGACUUGUCCACCAAAGAAUACGGAGAUGAGAGAGGUACAACGAAGCAACUGGAGGAAGAAGAGGAGGACAAUGGAAAGAAAUUGGUCGACUUGUUCACCAAAAAAUACGGAGAUGAGAGAAUAUUGGAAAAAUCAAUAUGUCUCAUUGAUGGUACAUGCGUCGAUAUCGUCGAUAGAAUUGAAAGUGAUGGCAAAAAACCUGCAAUUGUUCGAGAAAUUGGUUACGAUUCUAUUAGAUUGACUUCGUUGUUGCUGAAAACGCCCUUUGAUCUCACCGAAGAAAAAAUGGACACAGCAGAUUGGAGGAUAGAUAGAAAAACGCCAAGAUUCGAUACCUAUGUUACCACAAUGAUAGAGGAAAUGUUUACAAGUGGCGCAAUCUCUAUGAGCCGAAAGGUCUCUGCUUCUGUUCUCUCCUUAGGCCUUGGAGGAGGAAAUUUGAAUUCUUAUCUCCAUCAUAAUUAUCGAAAUUUGAAUAUAACGGUCGUCGAAUAUGAUCCGCAGAUAUUAAACAUAUCAGAGUAUUGGUGCGGUUUGUUGCUGGACGAAAUGCACAGGGUGAUCAUUGCAGAUGGAACGGAAUUUGUGAAGAAGUGUGCUGACCAAGGUGAAAAAUUCGAUGUAAUUUUCUUGGAUGCAUGCGUCGUGGACCAAUCGUCCAUGUUCAUUUGUCCGGCUCAAAAGUUCGUCGUUGCUAACGUAGCAAAUAACUUAGCCAGUAUACUGAAAUCAAACGGAGUGCUCAUCGUAAACAUUUUGGGAAAUCGACUAACAUUUAGUGAAGCCCCCAAGGAGCUGUUACGCAUAUACAACGCAGCAUUCAAACACUGCAUUUUCAAGAAAUCGUAUAGCCCAUCCAAUUUGGUAAAUUUAUCUGUUGAUAGUUGA